AUGUCACAGUCUCUCCCCCAAUCGCAGAGAUACGACGACUACACAUUCGAGCCCACUCAACUUUCCCAGCCGUACUUCAGUCAGACCCAAAACAGCACAUUCGCCAACAGUCAGGUAGAACCAAGGAGGAAGUAUUGGGCAAUAUUCAUACCUACUCAGUCAGAAAGGGACAUAUUAAAAAUCCCGUGGUCAAAACCGUCCAUUCAACUAGGAAGGGGACCAAGGGUAUUAUCAAAGAACGACGUGAUCCUCCCAGAGAAAAGAAUAUCAAACAUACAUUGUAAGAUAACAUUGGGAAUUCAAGGUUCGAAUGGAAGUGGUUCAUCUAUACCGACAAUACAAUCUUGGAAAGAUGGUGAGGCAGAACCGGAAGUUUGGAUAGAAGAUUUGAAAAGUAGUAACGGUACUUUUAUCAAUGGAACAAGAGUGACCAACCGAAGGAUGCUCAUUCAUGGUGAUGAGAUAUCACUCGGUCACUCGGGAACACUAGAUAAUCACGAUGUUAGGUAUAUCUUCCGCUCGGUAGGUGGAAAGGGGGCGAAGAUGGGUCAAGGAAGUAGUAAACAUGAUAUGGUUGGAGCGGUCUAUGAAAGGUAUCAAGUAUUGGAUAGACUCGGUAAAGGUACUUUCGCGGAAGUGAGGAAAGCUGUAGAUGUCGAAACAGGUGCUCUAAGAGCUAUUAAGCAAAUCAUCAAACAUCGAUUUGCAGGAAAUGACAAAACUCUAGAAUUGUUCCAUCGUGAAAUCGAGAUUACCAAAAGUUUAGAACAUGAAAACAUAUGUCGAUUGUUAGAUUAUUAUGAAGAUCCACAGCAUAUCUGUCUGGUAUUGGAAUACAUUGAUGGAGGUGAUUUGUUGGACUAUAUCAUGAAUUGGCCUAAUGAGACUGGAGGUGGAUUACCCGAACAUCAUGCUGCGGAAUUGAGCGUGCAGAUCUGUAGAGCUAUGGCGUAUACAGUGAGUGUACUCCCCUAA